CCAAAGAAACAUAUCCUCUUUUUCCCUCUCUCGACCUAACCUAACCUGCCGGCCCCUAUUUCCCUAGUAACUGAUUAGUUGCGUUGGCAAAACACUUUGUUAAUGGCCAACGCUGGGUUUGUAUGUGCGUAUGCGGGAGAGUCAACAGUAGUAGUAGUGGCAACGGCAUAAGGUCAUUGACCACCUAAAGUGUACCUCCUCUCUUCCUAAGGUCAUUGGUCAUUGUCACCUAGCACCUAGCUGAAGCCUUGUGAAUAGAAAGGAUAUCAACAAAGAAAACAAUCCUAACAAGCCCUUAGUUGUUGCCUCCACCAUUUAUUCAUGUCUCAUGUCUUCGCCCCAGAUCGACAGCCACAUACACACCCUACUACGAGUUAGUUAGCUUAUCACAUCAUCACCGACGCCGUCCCCGUUUCCAAGGAUCCUUCUCUCUUCAGAUGCCAGACCCCUGAGGCCUUGGUGAUCGUUGUAGCGAGAGCUCGUGUAUGCUCCCGAACCGGGACUCCGCUCUUUGAGCUGUCCGUCCUCCCCACACACCGACACGCUCUGCUUGGCUACUACCGUUUGCGAAGAACAUGACAGAACCUAGCAGCAGCUAUCCUUCUCCCUCUGCCUCCCAAAAUGACCGGUCUUCCCUCCAGACUACAGAUUCUUCAGCUACGCUGACAACCACCACUACAAGACAGGCGGAGUCUACGAUGGCAACGAAUUCCCACGACGAUAGGGCAGUGGAAGCAGCAAGAUCAAACCUCAUAGCAGCUCCAGGAGCACACCUACCUGAUGAUGGUAGUUCAUCAGCAACCGCCGUUACAAGACAGGCUCGAAAACGAGCAUACUCCAUCGACGUGGACGAGGCGAAUCAACCCCGAAUCCAAGAUCUUCGACUUUAUACUCCUAAUACAGCAACAUCAAAUACAACCGAAGGGCUUAGGGACCUAAUAUGUCUCUGUACAAAAGCACCCAAGGUUCCUAGGCCGCGUAACGCAUUCAUUCUUUAUCGACAGCACUACCAAGGCCAGGUCGCCGCCCGGAAUCCGGGACUAGCCAACCCAGAGAUAUCAAAGCUCAUUGGCGAACAGUGGCGUGAGCAACCCGAAGAGAUAAAGAAUAAUUGGAAACGGCUUGCAGAAGAGGAAAAAAUUCGACAUCAGCGUCAAUACCCCGACUACCGAUACCAGCCUAGGCGAGGGGGCAAAGCUUCCGGCAGCAGGCCCAUACCGGCGACUGGCGAAGAUCCUGGUCACUGUCCUAAGUGCGGUGGACGUUAUAUCGCGACACCAAGGACACCAUCCACUCCUUUCAGUGCCGCAACACCGGAAGGUGCCGGGCCGGGCCUUAAUAUGCCGUCCUAUGCGAUACCAAACCCAAGAGUGAUCGAGACAGACCACUUACGGCGUGGAUCAGGUUCAAGCAGCAUGUCUCUUGAUAGCCAAGAACGUCGAUAUAUACCACCGCAUAUGCAAAAUAUCGAUGAGGACUACCCGAUGAUGUCGCCAAUAGGAACACCGGUGGAUACAAAACGACGUCGAUUCAACGGGCCGAACGUAUUCACUCCGGGAUCGCCACCGAUGGGCUAUAUGUCUGCCGAUCCACGAUACCACCGUCAACCGCUCGCCGGUCCACCACUGUCAGCAACUGGAUAUGGCCCUGGGCCACUACCUAGACUAGGUAGGCAAUGGCAAAUGGUCGGCCAGCCUAAUUAUCCUCACAUGCAACCACCACCGCCGCCGCGUACGUCAAUGACAUACCAAGCUGCUUCGACACUAACUCGUCAUACCUCUGCAUUUGAUGAGUCUCUCCGAUUGCCACCGCUACAAACACAGGUCCCAGGCUCGCCAGCCAUAAGCUCAGGGCCAGGACCGGCACGCGUGCCCCCUAGCGUUCAAUCUGGGCAUGGGCAUGGCCAUGGCAUUCCAAAUAGUGCCAAUGCUCCCCCGAAGCAACCGCAACCACAACAUGCCCUACCAAGAUGGUCAUUCCUACUGAAGCUGGAUGUGCUACGCUCGAUUAGCUCGCCCCUGAAGCCCCCUAGCCCGGGAGGGCCGUUGUUCGAAACGCGAGGCCCUCUUAUCGCCAUCGAAGGUGCGGCCCCAGCCAUACUGAAAGAAGUGGCGGUUGUAGUAGAGAAAGCGUUGUCUGUUUCAGGAGAAUAUGCCGUAAAGACUUGGACAGAAGAUACCCAGACCCAACUAAGACCGGUAGAAGCAGAUGGAAGGAAUAAUAGUAAUACCAGCGAGAACGAGCAAGUCAUAAGAGAAAACAGCCCACCGAGAGGGUCGGGGCUCUUAAGUCCCCUGGCAACUUAUGUUGCAAAGAUGCUGAAAUGGCACAAGAUAUCCGAAGAACUUAUAAAAUACAUCACCAGCCACCCGCCGCCAACAAGCACGACGCACGGCGAGACGGGAGAGAAUUCCAUGGACGUCCAAGUAUCGCCCAAGACCAAGCCCCGACUUCCGGUUGCCGUCGUGUCCGACGGCUACAGCCUGACGGUCUCGGAUAGAUACGCCAGCUCGCUGCACGUAAACGACGCCUACCGCGCCGACGACCACUGGCAGUGGCUAGCGACGCUGUGGCGAGGCAUCGUCGGCCCCGACCUAACGAUAUACGUCAAGCGGACCGCGGAGGCAGAGGCCCAAGGAAACAGCCUCUUGGAGUUCGCCAACCCGGCCGUCAUGGUGCUGCACGUGGCGGAGGGGGCCAAGGGGGUAGACGAGAAGCUGGAGCGGCGGCUCGGCUUCGAGAUCAUGGAGUGGGUGCGCAGCGGGAGUUUCAAGGCGGGGUUUGUGCUGCCGCCGCCGCCGCCGCCAGCAUCGCGUUCGUGAAUUUUACUCGAUUGGGGGGGGGGGGGGGGGG